AAUAAUAAUUAAACUAAAUAAUUAUUUAUAUCAUAUUGGUUAUCAUUUGAUAAAAAUGCUGAACCUGCAUGAUGAUCUGUGAUUAACUUUUUCAUGAAAGGACUAAUGAGGAAACCAAUGAUAAAGAACUGGUUCAUGACUCUUUUAAGAGAUCUAAUAGUAUAAAAAGAAAAGAUUAUAUCUUAUUAAUUCAAAAUGUACUCAAAAGACGCUUAUAAAGCUCAAAAGAAAAUGAUGGAACACCAAAUGGAUAUGCAAAAAGAUGCUAUGAAAUAUGCAGCUAAAACUGGUGGAGUAUAUGGUUGUCCACCACCAAUGGGAGGUUAUCCACCACAACCAAUGGGAGCAUAUCCACCACCUAUGGGAGCAUACCCACCACCUAUGGGGGCAUAUCCACCACCAAUGGGAGGAAUGUCAGGUCCUAUGGGAGGAUGUCCACCACCUAUGGGGGCAUAUCCACCACCAAUGGGAGGAAUGCCAGGUCCUGGAGGAUAUCCAAUGGGAGGAUUUUAGACAUUUAUUGAUUAUUAAGAGAGUUAAUAACUUAUUAUAAAGUCAUCUUUUAGAAGUUUUU